UAUUGUAUUGGGACAAUCUGUAUUAUUAUUUAAAACCUAAAAAGAAAACAAAACAAAUCUAUAUUUAGCGCAAAUUACGGUAUAUUUGGACUGAAUAUUCUGAGUCAUAACCUGUUCUUUGGCAUCUUCUUUUUAGCUUUUUUUUAAUUUGCAAUGGUUCUUUGACUUCUUCAACAAACGGUUCGAACUUGAGAUUCGCUUCAAAUGCAAUUGUUAUCAUUCAAUGGGUAAUUUAGUUCGUUUGUUGUUAUUAUUAUUGUUAGUUUAUGGCGAAUUUACCAUGAGUAUUACAGAGCAAUCUGAAGAUAAUCAGCAGAUGGCGCUUGAUAUAGACCAAAAUGACACUAAUAUGUCAGAUGUCGAUAAUGCAACUAACCUCAAUGGUACUAUAGCUCCAUCUGGGAACAUUCGAUUGAAUAAUACAUUUAUUGUGAGUACCAAUAAGUCGAACACACCGGACAAGAUUCACAUAGUUCUAAUAUCUGAGAAUAAUGAGCCAAUCGAUGAAUUCAUCGCAAAUUCUUUUUUGAAUUUGAAGUUGGGCAAUGAUAUACCUCAUGGUAAUUUAUAUAAAUCUUAUCGUCCAUGGUAUGCUGGUUUGGGAACGACUCGUCCUCCAAGGAUUAAACCAGGAAAACCUUGGCCAGCUAGACCAGAAGAUUACGCCAAUUUUAGUGUUACAACUGGUGUAAAUGGGAAGAUUGAAGAUAGAUACGAAGAAAGUUCAACAGAGACUGUAGAAACUGCGCAAACUUUAACUGAUAACCCGGAUUCGAUAAUACCAACUCCAAAAUCUGAUAGGCCUUCUUUAACUGGUUUGGGAACGACUCGUCCUCCAAGAAUAAAACCAGGAAAACCUUGGCCAGCUAGACCAGAAGAUUACGCUAAUUUUAGUGUUACUAUUGAUGGAAAUGGAAAGAUUGAAGAUAGAUACGAAGAAAGUUCAACAGAGGCUGUAGAAACUGCGCAAACUUCAAGUGAUAAUCCGGAUUCAAUAAUACCAACUCCAAAAUCUGAUAGGCCUUCUUUUGCUGGUUUGGGAACGACUCGUCCUCCAAGGAUUAAACCAGGAAAACCUUGGCCAGCUAGACCAGAAGAUUACGCUAAUUUUAGUGUUACUAUUGAUGGAAAUGGAAAGAUUGAAGAUAGAUACGAAGAAAGUUCAACAGAGGCUGUAGAAACUGCGCAAACUUCAAGUGAUAAUCCGGAUUCAAUAAUACCAACUCCAAAAUCUGAUAGGCCUUCUUUUGCUGGUUUGGGAACGACUCGUCCUCCAAGGAUUAAACCAGGAAAACCUUGGCCAGCUAGACCAGAAGAUUACGCCAAUUUUAGUGUUACUACUGAUGGAAAUGGGAAGAUUGAAGAUAGAUACGAAGAAAGUUCAACAGAGGCUGAAGAAAGUGUUCAAACUUCAAGUGAUGAUCCGGAUUCGAUAAAACCAACUCCAAAAUCUGAUAGGCCUUCUUUUGCUGGUUUGGGAACGACUCGUCCUCCAAGGAUAAAACCAGGAAAACCUUGGCCAGCUAGACCAGAAGAUUACGCUAAUUUUAGUGUUACUAUUGAUGGAAAUGGAAAGAUUGAAGAUAGAUACGAAGAAAGUUCAACAGAGGCUGUAGAAACUGCGCAAACUUCAAGUGAUAAUCCGGAUUCAAUAAUACCAACUCCAAAAUCUGAUAGGCCUUCUAUUGCUGGUUUGGGAACGACUCGUCCUCCAAGGAUUAAACCAGGAAAACCUUGGCCAGCUAGACCAGAAGAUUACGCUAAUUUUAGUGUUACUAUUGAUGGAAAUGGAAAGAUUGAAGAUAGAUACGAAGAAAGUUCAACAGAGGCUGUAGAAACUGCGCAAACUUCAAGUGAUAAUCCGGAUUCAAUAAUACCAACUCCAAAAUCUGAUAGGCCUUCUUUUGCUGGUUUGGGAACGACUCGUCCUCCAAGGAUUAAACCAGGAAAACCUUGGCCAGCUAGACCAGAAGAUUACGCCAAUUUUAGUGUUACUACUGAUGGAAAUGGGAAGAUUGAAGAUAGAUACGAAGAAAGUUCAACAGAGGCUGAAGAAAGUGUUCAAACUUCAAGUGAUGAUCCGGAUUCGAUAAAACCAACUCCAAAAUCUGAUAGGCCUUCUUUUGCUGGUUUGGGAACGACUCGUCCUCCAAGGAUAAAACCAGGAAAACCUUGGCCAGCUAGACCAGAAGAUUACGCUAUUUUUAGUGUUACAACUGAUGGAAAUGGGAAGAUUGAAGAUAGAUACGAAGAAAGUUCAACAAAGACUGAAGAAAGUGUUCAAACUUCAAGUGAUUAUCCAGAAAACAGAUACGAAGAAAGUUCAACAGAGGCUGUAGAAACUGCGCAAACUUCAAGUGAUAAUCCGGAUUCAAUAAUACCAACUCCAAAAUCUGAUAGGCCUUCUUUUGCUGGUUUGGGAACGACUCGUCCUCCAAGGAUUAAACCAGGAAAACCUUGGCCAGCUAGACCAGAAGAUUACGCCAAUUUUAGUGUUACUACUGAUGGAAAUGGGAAGAUUGAAGAUAGAUACGAAGAAAGUUCAACAGAGGCUGAAGAAAGUGUUCAAACUUCAAGUGAUGAUCCGGAUUCGAUAAAACCAACUCCAAAAUCUGAUAGGCCUUCUUUUGCUGGUUUGGGAACGACUCGUCCUCCAAGGAUAAAACCAGGAAAACCUUGGCCAGCUAGACCAGAAGAUUACGCUAAUUUUAGUGUUACUAUUGAUGGAAAUGGAAAGAUUGAAGAUAGAUACGAAGAAAGUUCAACAGAGGCUGUAGAAACUGCGCAAACUUCAAGUGAUAAUCCGGAUUCAAUAAUACCAACUCCAAAAUCUGAUAGGCCUUCUAUUGCUGGUUUGGGAACGACUCGUCCUCCAAGGAUUAAACCAGGAAAACCUUGGCCAGCUAGACCAGAAGAUUACGCUAAUUUUAGUGUUACUAUUGAUGGAAAUGGAAAGAUUGAAGAUAGAUACGAAGAAAGUUCAACAGAGGCUGUAGAAACUGCGCAAACUUCAAGUGAUAAUCCGGAUUCAAUAAUACCAACUCCAAAAUCUGAUAGGCCUUCUUUUGCUGGUUUGGGAACGACUCGUCCUCCAAGGAUUAAACCAGGAAAACCUUGGCCAGCUAGACCAGAAGAUUACGCCAAUUUUAGUGUUACUACUGAUGGAAAUGGGAAGAUUGAAGAUAGAUACGAAGAAAGUUCAACAGAGGCUGAAGAAAGUGUUCAAACUUCAAGUGAUGAUCCGGAUUCGAUAAAACCAACUCCAAAAUCUGAUAGGCCUUCUUUUGCUGGUUUGGGAACGACUCGUCCUCCAAGGAUAAAACCAGGAAAACCUUGGCCAGCUAGACCAGAAGAUUACGCUAUUUUUAGUGUUACAACUGAUGGAAAUGGGAAGAUUGAAGAUAGAUACGAAGAAAGUUCAACAAAGACUGAAGAAAGUGUUCAAACUUCAAGUGAUUAUCCAGAAAACAGAUACGAAGAAAGUUAUUCAGGGGCGGUAGAAUCUGUUAAAAAAGAAUAUUUUGAAGAUAAAUCUGAAGAAACAACGACAAAGAUUAUACGAAAUCUAAAUUUAAAUGCAGUGAUUGAUAAGGAAUUUAAAAAUGAUAAUAAAUAAUCUAAACUCUA